AACCACCGAAAGGUAAACGAGCCAAAGUAUUCCAAAUAAUAACAAAUAAUUAGUUAUAAUUAAAUGUAUUUUAAAUAUGAAUACCGCUGAACCAUAGAACCUUGGAAAAAUCCCAAUUUUUUAUAUCGCAAUAUGAUUUUGUCAGAAUUGUUAUAAAUUUGGUUAUGCUCAGCUAGAAAAGUCACAGUCAUCGAUCAAGAGCUUUAGACAUUUGGAAUCCUGAAGUGCGGAAUUAUGAUUUCUAAUUUAUCUAACUGGAAGUUAUUGGGGGCUCUGGCUUUAAUCUCUAUGGUGGCCAAUUCCUUUGCAGCUGAUGUAGAUUGCUCCAAAAAGCCACCAAAAGUUGAUCCUAUGACAUGUUGUGCCUUACCCCAUCUUAUCACUGAUGAAAUUAUGGAAAAAUGUAAAUCAGCAAUUCCACCACCUCCGUCACCACCACCUGCGGGACAAUUGCCUCAAGUUGAUGACACUUCAUCAUCAGAGGAAUCGAAACAUCACCAUCGUCAUCAUCAUAACCACCAUGGUCCCCAUCACCAUGGUAUGCCUAUGCAUCCAUGCUUUAUGACCUGUGUCCUUAACGAAACUGGCAUUUUAUUGGCCAACCCCGAGGCCAAACUUAAUGAGGAAAAUCUAAAAUCCUACUUGAAAGUUGCCAUGGUAAAUGCCACUGAUUUGAUACCCACCAUGGAGACAUCCUUCAAAACCUGUGCUGCCAAGGGAGAAGAAAUGCGUGCCAAAAUGAAGGAGAUGAUGGAAAAGAAGAUGUCAUCAUCGACUGAUGCUAGCGUCACCAGAGAUCAUCAUCAUCAUCACCAUCAUCAUGGCUGUACUCCAUGCGCUGCCGCGCUAAUGGGCUGUGUUUUCAUGGAAUCAUUUGUGAAUUGUCCCUCAACCUUGUGGUCCAAUACCAAUGAUUGCAUUGAAAUGCGUGAGCACAUGAGGACUUGCAAACCCCCCAAGUUCCAUGGCAAAUGGGAUGAUUCCAAUUCAUUGGACGACAACUAGUCAGCUUGUUAGCGACAAACUUAGGGGAGUAAAAAGGUCCCAAGUGUUUCAGAUUUAUUUUGUUAUUCCUAAUCGCUUGUCAGCCAAGUGUAAGAUUUCAUUAAACCAUGUGCAAAUGGGCAAAAAUCUAAUAAUAAAAAAUCCUUAUCUAAUAAAAGCAUA